AUGCCUACACCAUCUGCCGCCGCAACCGCUAAGGCCUUGACAGAUGCCUCUGAGCGUGAGAUCACGAGUCACCAUGUCUCUCAAGAAUUCCGUGCGGUGAUCUUCACUGCCGAGUACACCACCUCCACUGGCAAGAAAAUCACCGAGAUCCCUGAGAAGAAUCUUCAGGAGAUUGACGAGCCACUCGUCCUAGCCUACUGGAAGCAGAAGGGUGGCCGUGCUACCACGGGUCUUGGCAAGGAUGGCAUUCUCAAAGUUUUGGACGAAAUGAAGCGGUACUGGGUUGUCCAGUGGGUUGGAUACCCAGCGGAUGAAGACGGUGUCACUUGUGAGACCAAGGAUGUUGUGGCGCGAAAAUGUCCCGAAGCCAUCAUUAAAUGGCGUAACAGUCUGAGCCGUGAGCAGUUGUAUAUGGUUCAGGACUUCAGCAUCGGCAUUGGCGGCAUGGGAGGUAUCCCGGGUUGGGCUCUUGAGCUACCCACGAUCGACGAAGACGACCUCACUGAAGCGGAGGAGGAGAAUCUGGGGAUCUUUUAA